UCACGGCACAAUAACCGGCCGCGCCGCAUUGCUCGUGUUGCGUAACUUUCAUCGGGAAGGUUUUAAACGCGUAAACCAGAACCCCAAAACCAGUUUUAUUCGGACGUUUAUUCAUUUAUAUCCUCGCAGUGUUUACUUGUGACUGUCGGUAUGUUGUGAUGGAGUGAACGCGUGUUUUCAUCUGGUGGUCUUUGAUUCCCGUCGCUUCCUGUUUUGUAUUUUUGUGACUGCAGUUCGGUUUUGAGUAACGUAACGUUAAUUCACGACGUUUCUUUUAGUUCGUCUCAUACUCUCCCCUUUCGUCCCUUUCGUCGUUUUGUUGUAAAUACGACAGAAAACUACAUCAAAGAGGCGGGUUUUAUAUUUUCUGUCAGCGCAACUUCGCCAAGACUUUCGUUGCUAGCAGGCUAGUACGCUAGGCUAGCUGACCAGACCGCCACCUAUGUAAACGUACACGAUGUAAACAUGCAGGAAACAGAGUUUUGCUUGUUUGGUUUUAUUACAUUUUAUUUUUAAAUUAAGUGUGAACGUGCUCGAGUGGGACUCUGGAGAACAGAAAGCUUUCAGCUAUCGUCAGGAUAUUUGCCCGAACAUGACGUGCGUCUUCCAGGGUCCCAUAGGGUAACGUUUCUCAUCAGCGGAGAUCAUGGACAGCUCAGUGACCCUGUGGCAGUUCCUGCUUCAGCUUCUGUUAGAUCCCAGUCAUGAGAAGCUGAUCUGCUGGACCAAUGAAGAUGGAGAGUUUAAACUCUUGCAGGCAGAGGAGGUGGCCAGAUUAUGGGGUGCCCGCAAGAACAAACCCAGCAUGAACUACGACAAGCUGAGCCGGGCUCUGCGUUACUACUACGACAAGAACAUCAUCAAAAAAGUCAACGGGCAGAAGUUUGUGUAUCGCUUUGUGUCCUACCCUGACAUUCUGAAGGGAGAUGUUACAACCACGACAGAGGGUGCAGAUGGGGGCUCAGGUGGGGCUCUGUCCCUUCCUGACAGACCCACACACAUCCCCGGGGAUAAAGAGAGCAAAUCGGCGCCGGACCGAGGCGGCGGAACACUGGGUCAGUCCAAAGCACCCAGUCGAAACGACUACAUCCACUCCGGCUUGUACACGUCCUUCACGCUGAACUCGCUGCAGUCAGGAACACAACUCUUCAAAUCCAUCAAGAUCGAAAACCCAGGAGAAAAGCUAUUGGAGAAAAGGGUGAACCAGGACUCGCCCCAACCACCCACAGUCAUUAAAUUCGGGACCAAUCAACAGAAUAGGACGACCACACAGUCUCCUACAGAGAGGCCUGAACUUCAAGUGGCCCUCAUGCCUGCCAGGACAGAGUCAGAAAUCAAACACACAGGCUUUUCACAUGUGGCUUUUUUUGUGGAGUCGCCCCCUAUAGAAACGACCACGUCGAUGGGCUUCCCGUUCUCAGGAAUCUCUCCAUCGCUAGUCUCUCGAUAUCAUUCGUCCUCAUCAUCUCAAAUGACUGAUUCACAGGAGCUGGAGAUUGACAGCGAAAUAGAGUCGGUCUCCUCCCAGCCUUCAGAGAUUCAGCUGCAGGUUUCCAAGGACAUGUUCUUUCAGGCAUCCCAUUCUCCACCUCAGAGUCACAGCGGAAAGUCUAAGAAACCCAAAGGCCUGGAGCUGAUGCCCACGCUGGUGGUGACCAGCUCUGACAUCAUCAGCCCUCUCAAUCUAAGCCCCUCCCUGCCUACAGCCUCUCUCACUCCAGCCUUUCUGCAGACGCCCCUGCUGCUCACCCCUAGUCCUCUUCUAUCAAAUAUCCAUUUCUGGAGUACGCUCAGUCCGGUCGCACCCCUAAGCCCCGCCCGCAGACAGGGCCCGCAUUCCCUUUUCCAGUUUCCUUCUGUGCUGGGCUCUAGUCAGUUCACCGUACCCGCGCAUAGUUUAAACGGCACCGACACGCCGGGCCUAAUCUCGCCCGACCCUCAGAAGACGUAAGGAGGCCGGUUGACCAGCAUGCUUCAUCUUUGCCCCGUAUUCUUAAUGCAGGUUAACCUCAUUUUGUUCACCCCGUUCAGGUAACGAAGAUUUAUGACCUUCCUUUAAAUGUCAGGAGUGUCCGCUUGACUCUUGAUGUUGUAAAAAUCCCUGCGGAUACCGUUCUCUGGUGUGUGUCUCUGCAGGACAGUUCUUGCGUUUCUCUUUCCAAAUUUGCUGGCCUUCAGGGAUUGGCUUUAAAAUGAUCACCAUGUCCUGGUAGCAGAUGGUUGGAGAUCUACGCAUCUGUUACUAUGGUGACAAAAUGAGCAUCCUUUAUUUGUUUAUAUCGUAGAAGGACCAGAGAGGUGUUGAUUCACCUUUACCCAGGUUUGCCUUUUGUUUGGGAAGGUCCUCAAACAAACCUGCCUUGCUAAGCCAUGCCGCCCCUUUUUUGCCUUGGGAUUUUGAUAAAGGUGAUAUGACGUCUCUUAUCUUGCACCUUCCGACACUCUGCACUUCGAUGUGUUUUGUCACGGUAACCACAUGAUUAGCACUUAGAUAUAAACAAGCUGCACUGAGGUCCUGUCAAGAAAGCAGGAAUUUGCAGAGAAACAUCAAGAGCAGAAUGAACACAUUUGCUAUGAAUGAUCAAAUAUAAUAUGUUUUAUAUGGAACAUAAUUUACGAGUAGAAGUCACCUCCAUUUGCAAAGUUGAUCAAAUGUGCAUCUUAAAUUCAUAAUCCCAUUUUAGUUUCAUAUGCAUGACAUAUUUUUGGUGCAUUUUGGCGCACAGGUUCAGCCUCAAACAUUUCUGGUCCUUUGACCAUGCCAUACAUUUUCGAGGGCCAAUUUGGCGGCGCCCUUGAUGCAUACUCUGUGACUUUGUGACAAACACGCCCCAACCUCACCGCACCAUUAGCGUUACACUGCCAGACACCGUGCUCAAAUGAUGCUAAUAAUAAUGCACGUCUCUUCACACAAACCAUUUCCCCUUUCUGAAAGACUGGAAGCCAUUAGAAACAAUGUCCGUUUGGUGAGAAAAACCAGACGCUUCGCUUCACUUGAGUAGACUGCUGAUUCACCAUUAGGCUAAUGGAGAGUACAAAACGCAGAAUGAGUGAAACGGCACCAGCUCCGUGUUUAAAACCGUUUGGCCACAUCCAUCCAUUAGGAUGAUGGUAUUGGUGGAGAUCGGUUGGACGUGUAAGCCAGAUGCUUUAAAUCAUUCCUGUACUUGUCAGCUUUCCAGCAUCGUGCAAGAUGAAGUUCCUUUGCAGAAUCAUAGCAUCUGAGAUUUGAGAGAUUUUGCUGUGUGAUGUACGAUUAGUGUUGUUUGUUAUGUUUUCUUGAUGUAGCUAAUCUUGUAGAUAUAUAUGUUUAUCUUGUACGGGCAUAUGAUUCAGUAGGAAACUGAAAGCGUUGUAAGCAUAACCAAAUUCUUUCAGCCAGUGAAAUCACUUUGGGAUCCAAGGAGGAUCAGAUUCUGCGUGGGAAAUCUUGUACAACACCGGCAGAGAUUGCUUAACGUCUGUACCAAAUUAUACAAGAGCUGUUUGCAAUCCUCAUCUGAUCUCAGAGCAGCAUCGCAGUUCGUUCAGUACAUCUUCAUUCUCGCAUAUAAACUUAUUAAGAGUAUCAAUGGCCAAAUGUUGCACAAUAUAAACCCUACCUCUCUGCUCGACAAACUCAAGCCAUGAUUUUAAACUGAUGUACUUUAGGUGCGAAACUGGAACGUGAGGCGUAAAGUUGACACUUUGUUUGCAGCUAAUGUGCUUUUCACCUUGGUGUUAGAAAACGGAGCGUUUUAGUCCCUCUUUUGUAAGACCAUUUUAAAUGCAAUGAUAAGAAAGGGAAAUGUUUAUAUAAAAACUAUUUCAGCAUCUCAAGUCAAGGUCUCAGGUAAAUGAUUACCCACAAUCCUUAUCCUUUCACAAAACGUUACAUGCCCAAUCAACUCCAUGAAGUCCCUUUGACAUGACUCGUAACACGAAUUCACGUGGAAUUUCUUAAUCUCUGAAUGUCAUGAUUUGCCUUUGACGUUGUUUUACAAACUAACAACAAAUUAAUUUAGCUGUUCAUGCUGACACUAUUGGAAAAAUAGCGUCGAAAUUAAAAUGGUUUUAAGUUUAAGCAUCAAUUGACAGCGUUUUGAACUGUUUUGUUUUUUAAGUUCAAUGAAUCCAAACGUUUGAGUCAUGUGAAAGGGUCUUUAUGGUGAGAUGGUGUUUUGUAAGAUCAAGUAGAAAUGUUUACUAAAAUGGCUAUUUUACAUGGUGCCUUGAGGUCCUGUUGUCAGUUGUUUCUCUAUUCUUAAUGACUAGUCUUUGUCCUGUAGAGCUAUUGAAUUAAAACACAAUUUCAUUUAUUAAAGAGAUGUUUUGGAAUACAGCUUCUUAAAUUAAUUUGACUGGUUUUCUGUAAAUGUAGAUUUAUAAUCAACCUGGACUAUUUCUUUAAAGUAACAUGUCACGAACAAGCUGUUGGGUAAUAAAAGCUCAAAUCUGUUCAGGAUAGUAUUUAAGAUUCAUUAGAUAAUGGAUCGUUUGAAACAUUGUUUACUCCUCAUUAUUUAAGUAUUUUCAGGAUGUACUCAUGGAUAAUGUCAGGCAUUGAAACCUUUAUAGCCAUGUUAGUCACCUUUGUGAUACAAGGGUGCAAAUGUAUUUCCAACAGCAACAUUAUUUUUUAACAUUAAAGGAACGUUUUUGUAAAUGUCUCUGAUCUGUUGUUUUCAUAUAAUGAAACUCAGCAGUGAUUCAUAAUGACAAUUAGUAUUUGUUGGCAACGACUACGUGUUCUUUUAAUGUUCCUUAAAGGGAUAGUUCACCCAAAAAUAUUUUUUUUGCAAUGAGUUACUCAUCCGCGUGUUGUUCCAAACCUGUGUACAUUUCUUUGUUCUGUUGAACACACAGAAAGAUAUUUGGAAGAAUGUUAGCAACUAACAUUUCUGGGGCACCAUUACCUAUGAGAAAAUAAACAUUUGUUUGUUCUGUUAAACACACCAGAAGAUAUUUUCAAGAAUUUAGGUAACAACCACUGACUACCAUUUUUGACUCCCCCAGAAAUCUCAGUUGAUAACAUUCUUCUAAAUACCUUCCUAUGUGUUUGACUUAAGACAAGACAUUUUUACAGCUUGGGAACAACUUAAGGAUGAGUAAUUCAUGACAGAAUGAACAUUUCGAGUGGAAUAUCUCUUAAACAAGGUGAAUUAACACUUUUAUUGUACAUAAUUCGAUGUGAAUUGAUCUGUUUUCCAGAGAUUUUGUUGUAAAAAGAUGUUUUGGCAUUCCUACAGCGUUCAGACUGUAUUUGGUUACUCUUGUAUUGUAAGCACUGCACAUGCAGACGUCUUCUCAUCAGGGGCGUACAGAGUUGCUUUACACCUUUAUAUUGUAACUGUUUUUUUGUGCAGCAUGCAAUGUGAGUUACUUCUAUAAUUUUUGUUAAAUGCUCCCUCAACCGCACAGUUGCUUUGUGUUCGGGGGAAAGCAGCUCAACAUAAUCACAUUUGAUAAAUCUCUUUUUUUACAUUUGUUAUAUAGUCAUUAGAUUUGUUUUGUUUCCCUGGAAAUUUAAAUUGCUCUUGUAAUGGAUAAAAAUGGAUUUGUUGUAUGUGUUUAGCCUAUAAGCAAUGAUGUCACAUGUUUUUGUUCCCGCUUUGAUGCGUUUUUUUAUUGUAGCCUAAAAGAACAUCUGUUGUACUCAAUGUGAAUUUAAAGCACUUCAAUUUGUCUUUGUUUUCCCAUCUUUCCUUCGCUUGGCACUUUUGUAUUUUUUGGAAUCUGUUGUAAAGUUAGAUUCUUGUUUUAUUAAUGAUACACCUACUACAAAAACAGUUUGGGAUUAAACAUUAGGCAUCUAUGCAUCCAAGAUUUUGCUUCACAGAGAAGAUUUUAUAAAUGUUAAAAAGAAAUAUUCAGAAGAGUUUAGUGUGUUUUAUGAUCUCUCUAGAUUAAGAUUUUAUUGCAGAAAACAUAAAAGGCCUGUAUUAAGGUAGUUUAAUAAAAAUGAGGUAAAUGAUCUGGAUUUGAUACAGGUUUAGCCCUUUUAUUGAUGUUCUUUGACUUGUACUGAAACACUUUUCUGCACUGUACUUGAAGAUGAUUUCUGAGAAUAUUUUGUGAAAAGGGACUAUGUAUAAAUCAAAAAGUAAAAAGAAAAGUGAUACAACAUUGACACCAAAUGUUUUAUUCGAUAUUUUUGUGCAAAUGUAUUUUCAGACUCAAAUGUUUACAGAUCUGUGUUUAUUGCCGUACAUGUUGUACCAAUCUGUGGAUGUCAGAAGGGAAGGCCAUUUUUAAUAAAAAAAACCUAUUACUAUGA